AUGCUGCUGCCUCGUCUACAUCGACUUCCAGGCAGCAUUGCUGUCCUCCUAUCGACCACCACAAUCAUAUAUGGCACAACGGCUUUACAAAUCCCGUUUCAUGAUAGUGUAAAGAAGGAACUCCGUGAUAUACCUAGCAUCGGACUAGGACUCUGGAAUUCCAAGAAUGAGGAUGCGACAAACGCAGUCGAGUCUGCGUUUCGCGCUGGAUACGUACAUUUAGAUGGCGCGGCGGCAUACAGCAACGAGCUAUUCGUCGGAGCCGGUCUAAAUGGCACAUCAGCUCCACCACGACGCAAGUACUGGCUAACCUCGAAAUUAUGGAACGACCAUCAUCAGCCGAAACUUGUGCGCAAGGCUCUCGAACAAACUCUGUCGGACCUCAACACCACGUACCUCGACUUGUAUUUGAUGCACUGGCCGGUCGCAUUUCUACCGGAUCAGUCGCCUGGUCGGAAUGUAUUGGAUCAGGACACCAGUAUCCUUGCGACCUGGCAGGCGAUGGAGGAUCUAGUUCGGAGUAACUUGACGAGGCAUAUCGGCGUAUCCAACUUCAGCCCACGACAGCUGGACGGGUUGUUGAAGGAUGCCAAGAUCAAACCUUAUGCACACGAGUUCGAGACGCACCCAUACUUGCAGCAGCAGGAGUUUGUGGACUGGCAUGUCAAGAACGAUAUCAAGGUCAUUGCUUACUCCCCGUUGGCCAAUUCAAACCCGACUUAUGAUAAGAAAUAUCCCAAGCUGGAUCCCAUUCUGGCAGACCGUUUCUGGACCGAGCUGGCGCUGAAGAAGAACGUCACCGCUGCACAAGCCAUUUUAGGCUGGGGCGUGCAGAGGGGAACCAUUGUGAUUCCCAAGAGUGUCCAUGAGCAAAGGAUUGUCGAGAAUCUUGGCGCUUUGAAUGUGACUUUUAGUAAGAAAGAACUAAGUGAGAUCUCAGAACAGGAUAAGAAGGCGAGGUUCAAUGAUCCUGGCAAGAGCUGGGGUGUGCAACUGUUUGAGGGUCUAGACGAUGGUUCCAGCAGAUUUCUGAUCCAGGAUUUGUCCUAG